AUGAUCUCGUAUAGAGUAAAAUAUUCGAUAUAUAGAGGUUUUCGUCCAUCUGGAGUGCACAUUCCAGCUGACGGGAAAAGUCUACCCCCACUACCAGCAUUUGUAAAUGGAAGAAAUAUUAGCAUUUUCGAUCCUGAGUACAAUAGAUACAAUCGCUUUGGAGCGUAUCGUGGAUUCGAUCCUAAACACCCCUAUGAGUCGAAGUAUCCUUUCGAUCCUAAAUAUCCUUAUGACCCCAAGUAUCCUUACGACCCCAAGUAUCCUUAUGACCCGAGACGACCUUAUGACGCAAGAUACCCUUUCGAUUAUAGACGUCCUUACGACGCGAGAUAUCCAUAUGACCCCAGACAUCGUUACGAUAAUAGAUAUAAUCCAAUAUAUAACAGAUACAAUCCAUUUCAACCUGCUUUUCUCAACACCGUCAAUAAAGAUGAGUCGAAAAAGGAAUAA